AUGGCUCAAGUCUAUUGCGACCAAAGCAAUUGGAAUCUAUCUCUCGAAUAUAUUCAUCGUGCUCUUGCAGCAAUAGAUGCUCGAGAUGAAUCGAUAAAGAAUGUUUCCGUAGCGGAACAACAAUCGCAUUGUCUGCAUAUGAUUGGAACAGUUUUCCUUGAACAACAUCGGCUUGAUGAGGCAGCCGAAUACUUUGAACGAGCACUCGAAAUUCGACGUCGAAUUUUGCCCUCAACACAUCCCUCUUUGGCUACUUCAUACAAUGAUCUAGGUGUCUUGUAUCACCGACAAGAAAGCUAUGAACAAGCCUUGUCUGCGUAUGAUAGUUGUCUACAAAUUCGACGACGUUCAUUACCUGAAACGCAUCCAGCAUUGGCGAUCAUUUACAACAAUAUGGCUAAUACUCUCUAUUGGUUAGAACGAGAGAAAGAAGCAAUGGAAUUUAGCCUGCGUGCUGUAGACAUUGGCACACAUUCUCUUGGGGAAAAUCAUCCGAUGACAUCUACUUUUCGAGAUACACUUGAAGGAAUUUGCAGUGCAAAUGAAGAAGAUUGA